AAUGUGCUUUCACAAGGAAGAACUAGAUAAGGAAAGGACGCGAUUUAAGAUUAGGUUUGACCUUAAACAUAGAUAUAGUAACAAUUAAACCGUCAAGGCAUUCACCAGUUAUGAUAUCAGCAUACAUACUAUCUUGGAUCUGCAUGUGCACGGUUAUCACAUGCGGUGCUGGGAGCAACUGUAUCUGUAGCAACCACAAUGCAAGGCCCAUUUACAAGUGCGAUAACACCAACACGAUGCCGUUCAGUUCACUCUUUUACGAUGGAAUGGAUAGUCAUUGUCUGGUAGAAGUUAGUGGUCUUCAUGCAAAGAAAGGAUGGCGAGCUGGACUGUUUGUUGACAAAGAUUCUGGUUAUCAGCGUGUGGCUUAUAUCGAAGAUGACUCUGAUGUUGUACGUCAGGCGUGUAUGAAAUCUCGGCUUCCAGGACAUGUUGAAACUGAACCGGGCUGUUACCCACAGGAUAAUCUGAUGUUGAAUCCUACGACGUCUACGUCCACGACGACGACGACUUCUACAACAACAACAACUACCACCACAACACCUACACCAACCACAACAUCUACAACGCCUUCAACACCAUCGACGACAACUCGUACCACGCUAGGAACUGUUCCAACAGUUAAACCAUCAGCAAUUUGUGUUUCGGGAGACAUGAGUGAUCACUCGGUCUUUAAGACUUCUGCAAGUCACCCAUCUGCCAGGUACUGCGCGCAGUCUAAUACAAACAGCGACAGCGAGGCUCUCUUGUUGGCUCAUUGCAACCCCCCGCGUACGCACUGGCAAAGGUGGACUGCUGAUCUCAAGGUCUUGGACCACUGUUCAACGUUAGCUCAGGGUGAUCCGAUUGGAGUGUAUAUAAAUGGGAGAAUCGGAACCGGCGUAUUUGCAGCAUUCUGGCGCUGCAAGGCAUCCUCAGCCUCUUUCGAGAUCAUCUAUCAGUCGUGUGGUGGGUCAGCAAAGAUAAUAGAUGUCAAGAAUUCGCAGUUUACACCGGAAGCAUUCUAUACAUUGAAAUGGUGAAUGGAUGGUCUUUCACUGAUUUUAUAAUAGCUUGUAUUGCCUGUGAAAUAAUAAAGAUUGACGCACAGAUUA